ACUGGAAACGCAUUAUGGAGCUCUCAAAGAAUAAAAUUCUUAUACAAACAAAAUCUGGUUGGAGCCUCUUUCCCAACCUUAAAUGCCCUCUCUCUCUCUCUCUAGAAACACAUUCUCUUUCUAUCUAGCAUCCGGCCAGAAGCCGAAAUCUGGACCACCGGCCCUAUUUUCCCGGCCGGUGGUUUUUCCGACGUGGUCCCCAAUUCAUCGGCGAUUUUUUCCACCAGCACGGGCUACUCUACUCGCUAGGCCAAUUCCCCCUAUAUAACCCAACCUCACCCCGACCUCUGUCUCCCACUCCAAGACGACUGACUACUCGUCUCGUCACGGCAUAGGAGCUUCCUUCUCACUCUUUCUCCCACUCUAAGAUGCGUUUUUCUUCCAUUUCUCUCUCCAAACCGCAUUUCUUCUCCGCCUUUCUCUCUAUAAGACCAUUUUUUUCUUCACCUACUCUCUCGCAAUAGGAGUGUUUUUCAACUCCUCUCCGUCUAGAAGCCGAGUUUCUUCCCAUCUCUCUCGCAAACUAAGAUGAGUUUUUCCGCCACCUCUUUCUCACUCUAACACGAUCUUUCUUCCCACCUCUCUUUCUCUCUCGCUCCAAAACGAUUUUUUCUUCCGCCCUUCUCACUCCAUUAUAAGUUCUUCUCCAAAGACAAGUUCCCCCACCUCUCAUUCUCUCUCUUGCAAUGGCGAAAUCGAUACUUUUGGCCACGUUUUUCUCUCUCCUCAUCGCGACAACUUUUCCGGCCAUCGUAGAACCAGGCCCCUCCUUCGCUUGUGACGGACAAAUGGGUUCGUUUCCGUUUUGUGACCGGUCACUGCCGAUUAACGCCAGGGUUAGCGACUUAAUCCGGCGGUUAACCUUGCCGGAAAAGACUAGGCUCCUGGUUAACAACGCGGAGGGGUUGGCGAGGCUUGGCGUUCCUCACUAUGAAUGGUGGUCGGAGGCUUUACACGGUGUGUCGAAUGUGGGGCCCGGUACAAGGUUUGGCGGUAAUGUUCCCGGUGCCACCAGUUUUCCUCAGGUCAUUUUGACGGCUGCCUCUUUUAACUCUUCACUAUGGGAAGAGAUUGGUCAGGCAGUGUCAACUGAGGCCAGGGCAAUGUACAAUGAGGGGUUAGCUGGGCUAACGUUUUGGAGCCCAAAUGUGAACAUUUUUCGCGACCCGAGAUGGGGAAGAGGACAGGAGACACCAGGUGAAGACCCGACUGUGGUGGGUAGGUACGCUGGUCGCUAUGUUAGGGGCCUCCAAAAUGCUUUUGAUGCAAAGGAUCCCAAUCGCUUGAAAGUGGCAGCUUGCUGUAAACACUACACUGCCUAUGACCUUGACAAUUGGAAGGGCGUUGAUCGAUUCCAUUUUGAUGCCAAGGUGAGCAAGCAAGACUUGGAGGACACAUAUCAGCCACCCUUUGAGACAUGCGUGGUUGAAGGGAGAGCUGCUAGUGUGAUGUGUUCUUAUAACCAGGUCAAUGGCAUUCCCACCUGUGCCGAUCCUAACCUCUUAACCAAGACUAUCCGGGGAGAUUGGGGCCUCAAUGGGUACAUUGUAUCCGAUUGUGACUCGGUGGGUGUAUUCUACGACUCGCAGCACUAUACUGCUACACCUGAAGAUGCAGCUGCCAUUGCCAUUAAGUCUGGUUUGGAUUUAGACUGUGGACCUUUCUUGGCUGAACACACAGGGGAGGCCAUGAGAAAAGGGAAAGUGAGUGAGAGAGAUAUAGACCAAGCCCUAACAAACACUUUCACCGUUCAAAUGAGGCUUGGAAUGUUCGAUGGGAACCCGGCCGCUCAGCCUUUCGGGCAGCUUGGGCACAAGGAUGUCUGCACCCCUCCACACCAACAGCUUGCCUUAGAGGCUGCUCGACAAGGAAUCGUACUCUUAAAGAAUCAUCGGGCAGCGCUUCCCCUAUUGCCAGCGCGGGUUCGCACAGUGGCUGUUAUAGGACCUAAUGCUGAUGCAACAUUCACCAUGAUCGGUAACUACGCAGGAGUUCCAUGUGGGUACACAAGCCCUGUUCAAGGUAUAAGGAGAUAUGCCAAGGCCAUCUACCAACCUGGUUGCCGAGGCGUUGCAUGCCCUACUACCGAUCUAUUUAGGCCUGCCAUUGAAGCCGCACAGAAUUCGGAUGCAACCAUUAUGGUCAUGGGAUUGGAUCAAAGCAUAGAGGCAGAGUUGAGGGAUAGAGAGGACCUUCUCUUGCCAGGACACCAGCAAGAGCUGAUACAAAGUGUCUCCAUGGCAUCAAGGGGACCAGUGGUCCUGGUCUUGAUGAGUGGGGGUCCAAUUGAUGUGUCCUUUGCUAAGGACAACAAUAGGGUCCCAGGCAUCAUUUGGGCAGGGUACCCUGGCCAAGCUGGGGGGCAAGCUAUUGCAGAUAUUGUAUUUGGUCAAUAUAAUCCAGGGGGGAAGCUACCAAUGACAUGGUACCCACAAGAAUAUGUCACCAAGUUACCAAUGACAUCCAUGAACAUGCGCCCCGAUCCCUCGAAGGGCUACCCUGGAAGGACCUACCGAUUCUACACGGGCAACACUGUGUACCCAUUCGGCCAUGGAUCGAGCUAUACCAAGUUCACAGAGUCAAUAGCCCAAGCACCAUCCAUGGUCUCGGUUCCCCUCGACGGGAAACACGGGUGCUUCCGCAACGACACCGUGUCGUGCCAAGCGGUUAGGGUGUCUCACACUAGAUGCAGUGGCUUGUUCAUGAGCCUCCAUAUUGAUGUCAAUAACAUUGGCCCCAUGGAUGGCUCCCAUGUGGUGUUUGUAUACUCCACACCUCCUCAAGGCCAUGGAGCACCAAGCAAGCAAUUGGUGGGGUUUAGGAGAAUCCAUCUCCCAUCAAACUCUCAACAACAAGCUAGGUUUGAUAUUGAUGUGUGCAGGGAUCUCAGUAUUGUGGAUCAAUUUGGCUUGAAAAAGCUGCCAAUUGGGUCUCACCUCUUCCAAGUUGGAGAAUUGACACAUUCCGUUUCCCUACAGUUGAUGAAAGUUUAAGGAUAAUAGGUCAAAUUUGACCUAGCACACUAGCCAAAGCUAGUGGUUUGCCCAAUAACAAUAUGUUUAUUUUUGCUCCCAACCAUUAAGGAGCACUAUAGUGAGUUUGUCAUAUUGUAUUCAAGGAUAUUGGGGCACAAAUGGUCUCCAAUUAGGCCUUGGUUUCUAUUUUAUUUUCAAGGGAAAUUGCAAUUGUAAAAAUGAUCCGCCACAAGGUUGAUUGUGUUGUAAAUUAUGGUUUUCUCAUAUAAUGCUUGAGAUAGUCUUUUUGCA